GGACCCGAGGGCCGGGCUGGGAGACUCGGUCCUCCACCUUCCCAGCCGGCCCCGCGCCCGCUUGUCGGCUCCCCUCCCCCAGCCGCACGCUGCGUGGCUGCUCGUUGGCUGCUUAGGACGGAAGCUCGGUUGGUGUUUCUCCAGAAGUUUCCCCCUUGGGCGGUGGCGGAGCUGAUAACCGCGGUAGUAGCAGCUUCAGCGGGAGCACUUGUGACUGGCAGGGAUGGCGGCGGCUGCAGCAGGCCCUGCAACAACCCAGAGGUUUUUCCAGAGCUGCUCAGAUGCUCUGAUCGACAAGGAUCCCCAGGCGGCGUUAGAGGAGCUGACUAAGGCUUUGGAACAGAAACCAGACGAUGCACAGUAUUAUUGUCAAAGAGCUUAUUGUCACAUUCUUCUUGGGAAUUACUGUGAUGCUGUCGCUGAUACAAAGAAGUCUCUUGAACUUAAUCCAAAUAAUUCUACUGCUAUGCUGAGAAAAGGGAUAUGUGAAUACCAUGAAAAAAACUAUGCUGCUGCUCUAGAAACCUUUACAGAAGGACAAAAAUUAUAUAGUACAGAUGCUGAUUUCAGUGUCUGGAUUAAAAGGUGUCAAGAAGCUCAGAAUGGAUCAGAAUCUGAGGUGUCUACAUCCCAGCGGACUCAUCAGUCCAAAAUCAAGUAUGACUGGUAUCAAACAGAAUCUCAAGUAAUCGUUACACUUAUGAUCAAGAAUGUUCAGAAGAAUGAUGUAAAUGUGGAAUUUUCAGCUAAAGAGUUGUCUGCUUUGGUGAAACUUCCAUCUGGAGAGGAUUACAAUUUGAAACUCAGACUUCUUUAUCCUAUAAUACCAGAACAGAGCACGUUUAAAGUACUUUCAACAAAGAUUGAAAUUAAAAUGAAAAAGCCAGAGGCUGUGAGAUGGGAGAUGCUAGAGGGGCAAGGAGAUGUGUCUAAACCAAAACAGUUCAUAGCAGAUGUAAAGAAUCUAUAUCCAUCAUCAUCUCAUUAUACAAGAAAUUGGGAUAAAUUGGUUGGCGAGAUCAAAGAAGAAGAAAAGAAUGAGAAGUUGGAGGGAGAUGCAGCUUUAAACAAAUUAUUUCAGCAGAUCUAUUCAGAUGGUUCCGAUGAAGUUAAACGUGCCAUGAACAAAUCAUUUAUGGAGUCUGGUGGUACAGUUUUGAGUACCAACUGGUCUGAUGUAGGUAAAAGGAAAGUUGAAAUCAACCCUCCUGAUGAUAUGGAAUGGAAAAAGUACUAAAUAAAUUAAUUUGCUUUUAUUGUAUUGCGUAUAUUCACCUAA